AUGUGGUAUCUAGACAAUGGAGCCAACAACCACAUGUGUGGAGACAAAAACAAGUUCAUAGAGCUUGAUGAAUCAAUAAGAGGCCAUGGAGCAAGCUUGAACUGCACAGGAUCAUGUGGAAACCGUGGCCCUGACAUCCGAUUUCCUUUCCGGAUCAAGGACAAACAACCAGACCACUGUGGUUUUGAUCUAUCCUGCUCGAAGGACAACAACACAGUGCUUAAGCUGCCAACUGGAUUGAGUCUCCAUAUCGAAAGAAUUGACUAUAUACAUCGACUUAUUUAUGCAAGGGAUCCUCAAGGUUGCUUUCUAAGUGAGAAAAGGUCUCUGUACAUCGGUAAAAUUCCAUGUCUGAGGACUUACAAGCAUGAAGUUUACGCCGUUGAAUCAAGUAUUUCCAUCAGUAACUUUGAUUUGUUAUCUUGUACCAAGAUGUACAACAUAUAUGGAAUUCCAUAUAGUAUGAUGCAGGAAGAAAAUUAUGUUCUUACUAUGUCUUGGUCCAAUCCAACUUGUGGAUCUUCUGAAACUAAAUGCUACAGCAAUCUUCCGCACACUAAAGUGAUUACUGCACUCUACCGCGCCUAUAGCAACGAUAAAACACACAGAGAAUAUCAAGCCAGAGUUGAAAUGUUUUUGGAUGAUUACAGAUCACUGAAUCCCACUAGGUACUCCUAUGCUGAUCUCAAGAGGAUCACAAAUCAAUUCAGUGAUGAAUUGGGCCAAGGAGCUUAUGGAACCGUGUUCAAAGGAAAGCUAACCAAUGAAAUAACUGUAGCUGUGAAGCUCCUCAGUAAUUCCAUAGGAAAAGGGGAGGAAUUCAUCAAUGAAGUGGGAACAAUGGCAAAUAUCCACCAUGUUAAUGUUGUUCGCUUGAUCGGUUUCUGUGCUGAUGGAUUUAGACGAGCUCUAGUUUACGAGUCCUUGCCAAAUGAUUCAUUACAGAAGUUCAUAUCCUCAGCAGACUCAAGGAACCUUUUCCUUGGCUGGGAAAGGUUGAAUCGUGUUGCUCUAGGCAUAGCCAUGGGGAUUGAAUAUCUUCACCAAGGGUGUGAUCAAAGAAUCCUCCAUUUUGAUAACAAACCACAGAAUAUCCUUCUUGACAACGAAUUCAAUCCCAAAAUCGCCGAUUUUGGGAUGGCUAAGCUGUGUUCCAAGGAUAAAAGUGCGAUUUCCAUGACGACUGCUAGGGGGACUGUUGGCUACAUUGCCCCAGAAGUGUUCUCGAGGAACUUCGGGAAUGUUUCCUAUAAAUCAGAUGUUUACAGCUUUGGGAUGUUAGUGUUGGAAAUGGUUGGCGGAAGGAAGAACAUCGAUGAUACAGCAGAAAAUGGCGACCAGAUAUACUUCCCGGAAUGGAUUUAUAAUCUCUUAGAAAAGGAAGAAGACCUGCGGUUUCAUAUCGAUGGAGAAGAAGAUGCUAGAAUUGCAAAGAAACUAGCAAUUGUGGGGCUAUGGCGCAUUCAGUGGAACCCAGCAGAGCGUCCUUCCAUGAAAACUGUUGUCCAAAUGCUUGAAGGGGAAGGAGAAAACUUAACAAAGCCUCCUGAUCCUUUCAGCUCCUCUAUCCCUAAGAGAACAAGUGCAGGCCGCAUGCCAGCGAGACGUCUUCACCAAGAGUUGGCAGCCAUCUCAGAAAUAGAGUGA